CCGUCGUAGUCGCGGCCGCCCGGGUCUCGCUCGCCCCUCCUCCAGCUCCCCCGCCCGCCGCCGCCCGCGCGCAUGCGCCGCCGGAGCGCGAGGGUCGGCUUCGGGUGUGUGGUGGCGGCAGAGCGGAGCUGCGAGGCCCGAGAGUCAGAACCUGGGGGAGAGGGAUGGUCUCUGCACCGGGGGGAGCCGGAGGAGCCGCCGCCGCUGCCGACGCCACCGCCGCAGCCGCCGCCGCCGCCGCCCCGGCGCCCGCCUCUCAGCGCUGACGGCCGCGUACGAAGCCGGCGAGGGGGAGCCAGCCACCACGGUCGCCGGCACGCCGCCCAGCAUGGUCCGGGAAACCAGGCACCUCUGGGUGGGAAACUUACCGGAGAACGUGCGGGAAGAGAAGAUCAUCGAGCAUUUCAAACGAUAUGGCCGCGUGGAAAGUGUCAAAAUUCUCCCCAAGCGGGGGUCUGAAGGAGGAGUGGCUGCCUUUGUGGAUUUUGUGGACAUCAAAAGUGCACAGAAAGCGCACAACUCAGUCAACAAAAUGGGAGAUAGAGACCUACGCACGGAUUAUAAUGAACCAGGCACUAUUCCAAGUGCUGCUCGGGGAUUGGAUGAUACAGUUUCCAUAGCAUCUCGUAGUAGAGAGGUUUCUGGGUUCAGAGGAAGUGGUGGAGGGCCUGCUUAUGGCCCCCCACCAUCACUUCAUGCACGAGAAGGACGCUAUGAACGGAGACUCGAUGGGGCUUCAGAUAACAGGGAGCGUGCUUAUGAACAUAGUGCCUAUGGACACCAUGAACGGGGGACAGGAGCAUUUGAUCGGACGAGACAUUACGAUCAGGAUUACUAUAGAGACCCUCGAGAGCGGACUUUACAACACGGGCUCUAUUACACUUCUCGGAGUCGAAGUCCAAACCGCUUUGAUGCUCAUGACCCCCGAUAUGAACCUAGGGCUCGGGAACAGUUUACACUGCCCAGCGUGGUACACAGGGAUAUCUACAGGGACGACAUUCCCCGGGAGGUACGAGGCAGAAGGCCAGAGCGCAGCUACCAGCACAGCAGGAGUCGGUCACCACAUUCGUCCCAGUCUAGAAACCAGUCUCCGCAGAGGCUGGCUAGCCAAGCGUCUAGACCCACCAGGUCCCCCAGCGGCAGCGGCUCUCGAAGUAGAUCCUCCAGUAGCGAGUCGAUGAGCAGCAGUACCAGCACCAGCACCGACAGUAGUGACUCCAGCAGCACCUCAAGUGAUGACUCUCCAGCCAGGUCAGUUCUGUCUGCCGCAGUCCCCGCACCCACUUCCCAGUUGCUUUCGUCUCUUGAAAAAGAUGAGCCCCGGAAAAGUUUUGGGAUCAAAGUUCAGAAUCUUCCAGUACGCUCUACAGAUACAAGCCUUAAAGAUGGCCUUUUCCAUGAAUUUAAGAAGUUUGGCAAGGUGACUUCAGUGCAGAUCCAUGGGGCCUCUGAGGAGAGGUAUGGCCUGGUGUUCUUUCGGCAGCAAGAGGACCAAGAAAAAGCACUGACUGCAUCAAAGGGAAAACUUUUCUUUGGCAUGCAGAUUGAGGUGACUGCAUGGAUAGGGCCAGAAACAGAAAGUGAAAAUGAAUUUCGGCCCUUGGAUGAAAGGAUAGAUGAAUUUCAUCCCAAAGCAACAAGAACUCUUUUUAUUGGCAACCUUGAAAAGACGACUACUUACCAUGACCUUCGAAACAUCUUUCAGCGCUUUGGAGAAAUUGUGGACAUUGACAUUAAGAAAGUGAACGGAGUCCCUCAGUAUGCCUUCCUGCAGUACUGUGAUAUUGCCAGUGUGUGUAAGGCUAUCAAGAAGAUGGACGGAGAGUACCUUGGAAAUAACCGCCUCAAGCUGGGUUUCGGAAAGAGCAUGCCUACAAACUGUGUGUGGCUAGACGGGCUUUCUUCAAACGUGUCUGAUCAGUAUUUAACACGGCAUUUCUGCCGCUACGGGCCUGUGGUAAAGGUGGUGUUUGACCGCUUAAAAGGCAUGGCUCUGGUUCUCUACAAUGAGAUUGAGUAUGCACAAGCAGCUGUCAAGGAGACCAAGGGCAGGAAAAUUGGUGGGAAUAAAAUUAAGGUGGACUUUGCAAAUCGGGAGAGCCAAUUGUCAUUUUAUCACUGCAUGGAGAAGUCUGGUCAAGAUAUCAGAGACUUCUAUGAAAUGCUAACAGAGAGAAGAGAGGAACGAAGAGGAUCCUAUGACUACAGCCAAGAUCGGACAUACUAUGAAAGUGUUCGGACUCCGGGCACCUACCCUGAGGACUCCAGGAGGGACUAUCCAGCUCGAGGGAGAGACUUUUACUCCGAGUGGGAAACGUACCAAGGAGAAUAUUAUGAGUCCCGAUACUAUGAUGACCCUCGAGAAUACAGAGAAUAUAGGAGUGAUCCUUAUGAACAAGAUAUUCGGGAAUACAGCUAUAGGCAAAGAGAACGGGAGCGAGAACGGGAGAGAUUUGAGGUUGACCGGGACCAUGAAAGGAGGCCCAUUGAGCGAAGUCAGAGUCCAGUCCACUUGCGUCGUCCACAGAGUCCUGGGGUGUCUCCUGCACAUUCGGAGAGAUUGCCAAGUGACUCUGAGAGGAGACUGUACCGCCGGUCCUCAGAGCGAAGUGGGAGCUGCAGCUCAGUGUCCCCACCACGGUACGAUAAACUGGAGAAGGCUCGAUUGGAGCGCUAUACAAAAAACGAAAAGACGGAUAAAGAACGAACUUUUGAUCCUGAGAGAGUGGAGAGGGAGAGACGAAUAAUUCGGAAGGAAAAAGUAGAAAAGGACAAACCUGACAGGCAGAGACGGAAAGGAAAAGGUCAUUCUCCUAGCUCUCAGUCUUCCGAGACAGAGCAAGAGAACGAGGGAGAGCAGCAGAGCCCUGAGAAAAGCCGGAGUUCUACCAAACUGAGCAGAGAGAAAGCCGACAAGGAAGGGCCAGCCAAGAACCGUCUGGAGCUCGUGCCUUGUGUGGUUUUGACUCGAGUGAAGGAAAAGGAGGGGAAAGUCAUUGACCACCCUCAGAUGGAAAAGCUCAAAGCCAGAUUUGAUCACGACACUGCUAAACCUUCAGCCCCGGGGCAGAAGUCCCAGGCCUCUCAGAUGGAGCUGGCCAAGUCAGACUCGUCUACAGUGGAGUCCGCUAGAGGGAAAGCACUGAGGGAAAAGGCCCUUUCCAGCCACGCAGAGUCGGUGGAUAAGGAGGGCAGGCCUAAACUCAGGAAGCACCUCAAACCGGAGCAGACGCCUGAGGGCCUGAGCGCUGUGGACCUGGAGAAGCUUGAAGCAAGGAAAAGGCGCUUUGCAGACUCCAACUUGAAAGCAGAAAAGCAAAAACCAGAAGUCAAGAAAAGCAGCCCUGAGACAGAGGACACUCGAGUGCUUCUAAAGAAGCAGCCUGAUGUGUCAAGAGACAGUGUUCUGGUGAGGGAAGGCGAGUCCGAACGAAAGCCCGUGAGAAAAGAAAUCCUUAAAAGGGAAUCAAAAAAAACCAAGCUGGACAGACUUAAUUCGGCUCCCAGCCCCAAAGACUGCCAGGAGCCUGCUGCUGUCUCCUCAGGGUCUGGCUCACAGCCCAGCUCAGAUGGACACCCAGGCCUGGGAGAUCAAAUACACGCAUCUGUGGAAAGUCAAGAAGCCCAGCCCAAAAAAGCCAUCCCCUCAAAACCUCAGCCCAAACAGCUGCAGCUCCUAGAUAAUCAAGGGCCGGAGAAAGAGGAAGUCAGGAAAAACUAUUGCCGUCUUCGUGAGGAGCCAUCCGAGCAUAAAGCAGGCCAGGAGAAGCCACACGCACUAAAUGCUGAAGAGAAGCUUGGCAUUGACAUUGAUCACACACAGAGUUACCGAAAACAGAUGGAACAGAGUCGCAGAAAACAGCAGAUGGAGAUGGAAAUAGCCAAGUCUGAGAAGUUUGGCAGUCCUAAAAAAGAUGUAGAUGAAUAUGAAAGACGGAGCCUUGUUCAUGAGGUCGGCAAGCCCCCCCAGGAUGUCACUGACGACUCACCCCCCAGCAAAAAGAAAAGGAUGGAUCAUGUUGAUUUUGACAUCUGUACCAAAAGGGAGAGAAAUUACAGAAGUUCACGGCAGAUCAGUGAGGACUCUGAAAGGACCAGCUGUUCUCCCAGCGUCCGCCAUGGCUCCUUCCAUGAAGAUGACGACACCCUGAGUUCCCCUAAGCUAAUGUCAGUAAAAGGGUCCCCUAAAGUGGAUGAUAAGGGUCUCCCCUAUUCUAAUGUAUCAAUGAGAGAAGACACCUUAAAAUUUACUCCUUAUGAUUGUAGCAAGAGAGAACAUGCGGCGGACAUGGCCAGAAUAAAGCUGUCUGUCUUGAAUUCUGAAGAGGACCCGCAUCGUUGGGACCCUCAGGGGAAACAGGACCCCAGCAGGUUUGACGUGAGUUUUCCAAACAGCAUAAUCAAGAGAGACAGUUUACGGAAGAGGUCUGUGCGAGAUCUGGAACCUGGCGAGGUGCCCUCUGACUCUGAUGAGGAUGCUGAGCACAAAUCCCAGUCACCCAGGGCCUCUACCUUCUACGACAGCCCUCGGCUGUCUUUUUUAUUGAGGGACAGAGACGACAAACUACGUGAACGAGAGGAAAGACUGUCUAGUUCUUUAGAAAGAAAUAAAUUUUAUUCUUUUGCUCUGGAUAAGACAAUCACACCAGACACUAAAGCUUUGCUAGAAAGAGCUAAGUCUCUUUCCUCAUCCCGUGAAGAAAACUGGUCUUUUCUUGACUGGGACUCCCGCUUUGCUAAUUUUCGAAAUAACAAAGAUAAAGAAAAGGUUGACUCUGCCCCAAGACCUAUUCCAUCCUGGUACCUGAAAAAGAAGAAAAUCAGGACUGACUCAGAGGGGAAAAUGGAUGAUAAGAAGGAUGACCACAGGGAAGAGGAACAGGAGAGGCAAGAACUGUUUGCCUCUCGGUUUUUACAUAGCUCCAUCUUUGAACAAGAUUCUAAGCGGCUGCAGCAUCUUGAAAGGAAGGGCGAGGAGUCCGACUUCCCUCCUGGAAGGCUGUACAGCAGACAAGCAUCUGACGGAGCCAACAGCAUGAGUGACUCGGUCCAGGAGCCCGUGGUGCUGUUCCACAGCAGAUUCAUGGAGCUCACGCGGAUGCAGCAGAAAGAAAAGGAGAAGGACCAGAAGCCCAAAGAGGCUGAGAAACAGGAGGACCCAGAGUAUAUUUCCAAGACCCCGGAACCUGCCACUGAGACUAAAGAGCUGGAGCCAAAAGCCCCCGUGUCAGUUGGGCUUCCUGCAAUCACCCCCGUGACACCAGAACCAGCAUCAUCAGCACCAGAGAAGGCUGAGAAAAUGGCAGAGGCUCCUUUGCUGGCAGAAGAGAAGCCUGUGGAGCCAGCCCCCAUCUUGGAGGAGGCAAAGUUGGCAUCUGAGCCAGUUCCUGUCCUCAUGGAACAGCCCAAGCAGGUAGAGGUACCCCCAGGAGAAGGCUCCAGAGAAAGUCCUGCAGUGGUGCAUCAGGCUACUCAAGAAAGCCCAGCUACUGAGCCCAUCCCUUCUGUGAGUGCCGAGCCUCCCGCUCCUGGGACUGCAAUUUCCAAGAUAGAAAACAAUAUAGAUCCAAAACCCAGCAGUCCCCAGCCGCUUUCAAAACUAACUCAGAAGUCUGAGGAAGCUGAAGAGCUAAGAGUGGAGAAGCCAGAUGCAGCUCCGAGCAUUGAACCCAGUGUCACUCAGAAACCUGAAGUUAUGCCUGAAGUUCAGCCCCCAGCGUCUGAAGAUGUAGAGGCCAAUCCUCCAGUCUCUGCGAAAGACAAGAAAACAAACAAAAGCAAGCGUUCCAAGACACCGGUCCAGGCAGCUGUCGCAAGCAUCGUGGAGAAGCCCGUCACCAGAAAGAGCGAGAGGAUAGACCGGGAAAAGCUGAAGCGGUCCAGCUCUCCUCGUGGAGAAGCACAGAAGCUGUUAGAACUGAAGAUGGAGGCGGAGAAGAUUACAAGGACUGCAUCUAAAAGCUCUGGAGGGGACCCUGAGCUCCCUGAGCCUAGCCUGCCUCUCAGCCGAACCAGGCGCCGGAAUGUCAGGAGCGUUUAUGCCACCAUGGGUGAUCACGAAAGCCGCUCUCCAGCUAAAGAGCCUGCUGAGCAGCCCAGACUGACCAGGAAGAGAUUGGAACGGGAACUGCAGGAGGCCGUGGUAGUUCCCACCACCCCUCGGAGGGGAAGGCCUCCUAAAACUCGCCGGCGUGCUGAUGAGGAUGAAGAGCAUGAGACGAAAGAGCGAGCAGAAACAUCCAAGCCUGCUGAGGGGUGGAGGUCUCCGAGGUCUCAGAAGGCUGCAGCCGCUGGCGGGCCCCAUGGGAAAAGGGGGAGAGGCGAGCAAAAAGCUGAGGCUGCUGCUGAGGGUGGUGCCCAGGUGAACACGAGAGAAAGUAACACUAAGUCCAGGGGUGACAGAGAAGCAGCCAGCGAGGCCAAACGUGACAGGAGAGACACCAGCACAGACAAAAAUGGACCCAACGCCUUCCCAGUCGAGACAUUGGAGAGAAAACUGCCUCCUGAGAAAACCAAACCAAAGAGGGGACGUGCUCGCAGCACCAGGUCAGCAAUGGACAGGGCUGCACAUCUGAAAAGCCUGGAAAUGGCCACCCGGGCUGCAGGGCAGGCUGUGGACAAGGAAGCUGGGCUUGUGGCAGUCUCUCCUGAGAAAAACAAGAGCCCCCCAAGGGAAAGUGUCUCCUCGUCUCAGCUGAAACAUGACCCAAUUGGUCCUGAGAAAGAGAAGGAAGAUGUGUCUGCCUCCACGGUGUCCCCAGGAGCCACACAGCUAGCCAAGCAGAUGGAGCUGGAACAGGCCGUGGAGAAUAUUGCAAAGCUCGCCGAGCCCUCCACUGGUGCAGCUGACAAGGGAGCAGCCACAGGGACACCUGCAGGCCCUGCUGUGGAGGACGGCCACAAGCCUGCACACCAGGCAAGUGAGACCGAACUGGCGGCGGCCAUUGGCUCCAUCAUCAGUGACAGUUCUGGAGAGCCUGAAAACUUGUCUGCGUCUCCCUCCUUCCCCUCAGGAUCUCAGCCGCAUCAACAGGAAGGAACGGAGCCAGGGCCCUCUGGUGCCACAUCUGGAACCUCAGCGGCAGAUGCUGUUCCAGAGUCUUCUGGCCCACAGAGCAGUGCCUCGAACCCCUCAGCAGGUUCUGCAGACACCAAGGAAGCCAGAGGGAACAGCAGUGAGUCUGUACAGGAAGCCAAGGGGUCUAAAGUGGAAGUCACUCCUCCCCGGAAAGACAAAGGACGUCAAAAGACACGACGCCGAAAAAGGAAUGCAAACAAGAAAGUGGUCGCUGCUACAGAGACUCGUACUUCUGAGACCGAGCAGGCUCAAAGUGAAAGCCCUGCUGCUAAUGAGGCAACAGCAGCACCCCCAGAAGCUCCCCAGGAAGAAAAGCAGAGUGAAAAGCCUCAGUCCCCUCCUCCUCAGGAAUGCACCUCUGACCCAGUCAAGACCCCACCUGCUGAGAGUCCCCGUCAGGAAAGCAGUGUUGAAGAAAAGACUCCAUGCAAAGCACCCACACCCCCUGACCUCCCACCUCUUUCCCAGCCAUCGCUGGUGGAUGAUGAACCCCAGGCUAGGUUCAAGGUGCAUUCAAUCAUCGAAAGUGAUCCGGUGACCCCACCCAGUGACUCAAGCUUACCUCCACCCACAAUUCCUUUAGUGACAAUAGCAAAGCUCCCACCCCCUGUCAUUCCUGGGGGAGUCCCACAUCAGAGUCCCCCCACUAAGGUGACAGAGUGGAUCACCAGACAGGAGGAGCCUCAGGCUCAGUCUGCCCCAUCUCCAGCUCUUCCCCCAGACACAAAGGCCUCUGACGUGGACACCAGCUCUAGCACACUGAGGAAGAUCCUCAUGGACCCCAAAUAUGUAUCUGCCACCGGGGUUACUUCCACAAGUGUCACCACAGCCAUUGCAGAGCCCGUGAGUGCUGCUCCUUGUCUGCACGAGGCACCAGUCCCUCCAGGUGAACCCAAACAUCCUCCCUUAGAAGAAAAGUCAGCAACUCCAGUGUCAAAUGCUUCUGACACACAGCCCUCAGAGGUCCCAGUAGCUGCUGACAAAGAGAAGGUGGCCCCGGUCAUUGCCCCUAAAAUCACAUCUGUCAUCAGCCGGAUGCCUGUCAGCAUUGACCUGGAGAAUUCGCAGAAGAUAACUUUGGCAAAACCCGCUCCUCAGACCCUGACUGGCCUGGUGAGUGCCCUGACUGGCCUGGUGAAUGUCUCUCUGGUCCCAGUGAAUGCCUUAAAGGGUCCUGUGAAGGGCUCAGUGGCCACACUGAAGGGUUUAGUGAGCACCCCUGCUGGGCCUGUGAAUCUCCUGAAGGGGCCUGUGAAUGUGCUCACUGGGCCCGUCAAUGUCCUGACCACUCCAGUGAGUGCCACAGUGGGCACGGUGAACGCUGCCCCGGCUCCUGUGAAUGCUGCUGCAGGUGCAGUGACUGCCGCAUGUGGCGUGACCGCCACAACAGGCACAGCAGCUAUGACAGGUGCAGUGAGUGCGCCAUCAGCAAAGGGCAAACAGAGGUCAAGCAGCAAUGAGAACAGUCGCUUCCACCCUGGGUCUAUGUCAGUGAUUGAUGAGCGUCCAGCAGACACAGGCUCUGGUGCAGGGCUGCGUGUGAACACUUCAGAAGGAGUCGUGCUUCUGAGCUACUCAGGACAGAAGACGGAAGGCCCACAGCGGAUCAGUGCCAAGAUCAGUCAGAUCCCUCCAGCCAGUGCAAUGGACAUUGAGUUUCAGCAGUCAGUGUCUAAGUCCCAGGUGAAAGCAGAUUCUGUCACCCCAUCCCAGUCUGCACCCAAAGGCCCUCAGACCCCUUCAGCUUUUGCAAAUGUGGCCACCCAUUCCACCCUGGUCCUGACCGCCCAGACAUACAAUGCCUCUCCGGUGAUCUCCUCUGUGAAGACGGACCGUCCGUCCUUGGAAAAGCCUGAGCCCAUUCACCUCUCAGUGUCCACGCCUGUCACCCAAGGUGGCACAGUGAAGGUUCUCACUCAGGGCAUCAACACACCCCCGGUGCUGGUUCACAACCAGCUUGUUCUCACCCCAAGCAUAGUCACCACUAACAAGAAACUUGCUGACCCCGUCACUCUGAAAAUAGAGACCAAGGUCCUUCAGCCAGCUAACCUGGGGCCCACCCUCACUCCCCACCACCCUCCUGCCCUGCCCAGCAAAUUGCCUACAGAAGUGAACCAUGUUCCUUCGGGACCCACCACCCCAGUAGAUCGAACCAUCUCCCACUUGGCAGCCACAAAGCCAGAUACACAUCCUCCUCGACCUAGUGGGCCUACACCAGGCCCAUUCCCAAGGGCAUGCCAUCCCAGCAGCACCACAUCCACACCACUCUCCACCAAUGCCACCGUCAUGCUGGCUGCAGGCAUUCCAGUGCCCCAGUUCAUCUCCAGUAUCCACCCGGAGCAGUCUGUCAUCAUGCCACCCCACAGCAUCACUCAGACCGUGUCCCUUGGUCACCUUUCACAAGGUGAGGUGAGAAUGAACACACCCACAUUACCCAGCAUCACCUACAGCAUCCGGCCAGAAACUCUGCACUCUCCUCGGGCCCCUCUGCAGCCCCAGCAGAUAGAGGCAAGGGCCCCACAGCGUGUGGGCACACCCCAGCCUGCCACAGCUGGUGUGCCUGCCCUGGCCACCCAGCACCCUCCUGAGGAAGAAGUCCACUAUCACCUCCCUGUGGCUAGAGCUGCAGCCCCCGUGCAGUCAGAAGUGCUGGUCAUGCAGUCUGAGUACCGACUACACCCGUACACUGUGCCCCGAGACGUGAGGAUCAUGGUGCACCCACAUGUGACUGCUGUCAGUGAGCAGCCCAGGGCCAAUGAGGGGGUAGUAAAGGUGCCACCAGCCAGCAAGGCCCCCCAGCAGCUGGUGAAAGAAACCGUUAAGACUUCUGAUGCCAAAGCAAUCCCUGCCCCGGCCCCUGGCCCCGUGCCUACCCCUGCUCCUAACCCCCAUGGUGAAGCCCGCAUUCUCACAGUCACCCCCAGCAACCAGCUUCAGGGGCUGCCUCUGACCCCACCUGUGGUUGUGACCCAUGGGGUGCAGAUUGUGCACUCCAGCGGUGAGCUGUUCCAGGAAUAUAGGUACGGAGAUAUCCGCACCUACCAUGCCCCCGCUCAGCUCACACACACUCAGUUUCCUGUCGCCUCCUCCGUCAGCCUACCCUCCAGGACCAAGACUUCUGCACAGGGCCCUCCUGAAGGUGAGCCCUUGCAGACCGCACAGCCUGCGCAGCCUGCCCCGUCUACGCAGCCCACGCAGCCUGCACCACCUGCUCCACCCUGCCAGCCCUCCCAACUUAGCCAGCCUGUCCAGCCGCUGAGUAGCAAGAUGUCCCAGGUCUCCCAAGAAGCAAAGGGGACUCAGACAGGAAUGGUAGAGCAGCCUCGUCUCUCAGCUGUCCCUGCCAGCCGGCCACCUGAGCCCCAUGUUCAGGUUCAGAAGGCACCAGUGGACACAGGGCAGCCAACCCAUCCCUCACCUGUGUCAGUCUCCAUGAAGCCAGACCUCCCAAACCCUCUUCCUUCUCAGGCUGCCCCAAAGCAGCCAUUGUUUGUCCCUGUGGCCUCGGGCACAAGCACCCCACCUGGACUGGCUCUGUCUCACACUGAAGCCCAGCCAGCCCCUAAACAAGAUUCUUCUCCACACCUGACUUCACAAAGGCCUGUGGAUAUGGUCCAGCUUCUGAAGAAAUACCCCAUCGUGUGGCAGGGCCUGCUGGCCCUCAAGAACGACACGGCCGCUGUGCAGCUCCACUUCGUCUCUGGCAACAAUGUCCUGGCCCAUCGGUCUCUGCCUCUCUCUGAAGGCGGUCCCCCGCUGAGGAUUGCCCAAAGGAUGCGGCUAGAGGCCUCGCAGCUGGAAGGGGUUGCCCGGAGGAUGACAGUGGAAACAGAUUACUGUCUGCUGCUGGCUCUGCCCUGUGGUCGUGACCAGGAGGAUGUGGUGAGCCAGACGGAGUCCCUCAAGGCUGCCUUCAUCACUUACCUGCAGGCCAAGCAGGCAGCGGGGAUUAUCAAUGUUCCAAACCCUGGCUCCAAUCAGCCCGCCUAUGUGCUGCAGAUCUUCCCACCCUGUGAGUUCUCGGAGAGUCACCUCUCCCGCCUGGCCCCUGACCUCCUUGCUAGCAUCUCCAACAUCUCUCCCCACCUCAUGAUCGUUAUUGCCUCUGUGUGAGGCUCUGCUGCAGAAAAGAUGAACGGACAGAACCGUGGACAACCCAGCCAGGCAGAGGGGAAGCUGCUGAGGGGCAGACUGCCCUGGCUCUCACGCCCACCCGGCUCUGUGGACAGACCUCCUCUGGGGGUGGUGCUGCUUGUAUGUUUACAUGAAAUUCUCGCCCAGGACAGACCACCAACCCAUGGACUCACAGAAACCUUAGGGGCUGGCCUUCCUCGUUCGGAGAAAAGGAACAAGACAGUGGGAGUCUGUUUGUGUUCAGCAGAACAGCCUUUGCACUGAAUUAGUGACUUGCACAGCGAACACAGGUGUGGCUCUCUGGACAUGUGGACGGGAGCACACUGCGGACUCUCAUGCAGGACUCGGGACUUGUGCUGAAGCCUUGGUGUCAAGGAACAUUUCAUUGGGUAUUUUUGCCCUGUCGCCUCCUUUCUUCCCUGCUCAUCGGACAUGUCAUUGUUCUUAAUUCUCCUGCCGCCGCCGCCACCUUCGACUCAUCAGAUGUACAGUUUACAGUUGAGUAAAAGCGAACAGAAGGAUUUUCUUUCUUGGUCGGAUGUGCAGAACUUGGGAUGUGUAUAUAUAAAUAUAUAUAUAUAUAAUAUAUAUAUAUAUAAAAUACUGACUUAAAUCAAAUUUCCCUGACAUACUUUUUUUUAAUCUGUGCCAAAAAUGUGUUUUCAAAGAAAAUCUUAUUUUCAUACUCAGACUUUAUACCGUCACUCAUUUGUAUAAGUGCGCUUCGUUACAGCACGGGUCCCAACUCCGGCAACAUGGAAGUGUCACACAGCACCUGUACAAAAAGACCUGGCCAACUCCCUCUUCCUGUGACUUGGACCUCUCCCUGACUUCCUAACACUUAUUAAUUUAUGAAACUGUUUUUCUCAGCGCAGUUUUGUUGUGUGUCCAUUGGAUUACAAACUUUAUUAAAAAAUACAAAACA